GAUUUUCUAUUUUUGUCAUUAAAAGAACCGUAUAGUAGUCAGGUAUCAACAAGUAUAACACUGUUACCAAAAUUUCUUCUCCCAGAAGAGAAUGACGAAAGCUGUAGCUGUUCUUUGGAGAGUCAUCCAGUUGGCCAGACAGAGACAGUCAGUCAGUGUUUCUCGUCUCUUCUGUCGAAGUCGAUACCGUCGCCGAAGUUCCCCGACCGAUUCCUGUGCCCAGUCUUCUCUAUUUUGCGCAUAUGUCUGAGGCUCCCGACUGCCAGGAAGAUUAAUUCAGAAUGGCAACAUACCACUUUGUGGAGAGCUGUCAACGAAAAAGUGGAGGACGACGUGGAAGAGGAGGAGGAAGAUAUUAUGGAGCCAUGGGUAAAACGCAAGAUUGCAAAACGAUAUCAGAGGAUCGAAUAGAACCUUUGAAAGUAUACGUUGGAAAUUUGAGAGCAUCGGUUACUGAUGUUGAGUUACGAAAUGUCUUUUCUCACUAUGCCACAGUAGUGAAUGCUUUCGUAGUUAGAGACAAGCAUACUCAUAAGAGCAGAGGGUUUGGAUUUGUCCAAGUUGCAACUCCCGAAGACGUACAAAAACUACUUUCAUUAAAGGAUGGAGACAGAUAUAUUUUCGGUCAGUGUGCAGUCAUCCAGCCCGCCAUAAAAAAGUCAAUUCUGCCUGGUGAUUAUGAUUAUGUCAGAGCUCCAUUAUCUGAUAGAUUGUUUGAUCUCGAAGCUGAGGACCCAUCAGCCCCUUGUAUGCAUAUCUUGGUUGAUGAUGUCAUCUUCAAGAUAUUUGAAUUUUUGCCAUUGAAGAAUUUAAUUGGAGUGGAAAGAGUUUGUAGAAGAUGGCAGAUGUUGAUAUUCAAGUUGUUUGCAAGACGCACAAGUUUGAAUUUAUGUAGAGAGACUGUAGGAUUAUGUGGUCCAUUAUCACGAAGUAUAGUGGCUAAGCUUCUAAUUUUAUCAGGACCAACUCUCAAAGAACUCAAAGUGCAAAGUAUUGACUACAGUACACGACACAAUAUCCUAAGAAUGAUAGCGCAGCUGUGUCCAGAGCUUGAGAGCCUAGAUGUUACACAAGCUUUGGGGAUUAAUUUCUCAAAUUUGAAAUUUUUAACAAAAGGAUGCAGAAAGCUGAAGACAUUUAUAGCAGAGAGUCCUCAAGCCAAUAUUGGAACACAUAGGAACAAACUGUCCAGAGUUAAAGGAGCUGAAGUUAUCCAUAACAUCUCGAGGAACUGCAGAAGCUCUUAAUGUCUUCAAAAAUUUAAAGUGCUUAGAUAUAGAUGCAGAAUGUUCCUUUGAGCUCUUCCCUGCAAUAGAACAUCUGAAAGAGUUGGAGAAGUUAACUGUAAGAGGUGGAUAUGAGAAUCUUACUCAGGAGACAAAAUUUAAUUUUAAUGCAUUCAAAAACCUGAAGGAAGUGAGCUUGUCACAUAUAGGCAUUAGUGCAGAAUCUCUGAAGACUCUAUCCAAGUGCAGCAAACUCAAAGCUUUACAUUUACUGAAUGGUAUCCAUUUAGAAACGGACAUGUUUUUGAAUGUGCUUCGUGGAUGCCCUGAACUCAAGGUUUUUUCAUCUUUAGGUAUGACAUUGACUUCAGAUAUUGUUAAAUCUGUCAAUGACAUAAUGAAAGGGAGAGCAGGUCAAAUUACACUUUCCAUGUAUUUAGACGGGGGUAUUGAAGCAGACUCAUAUGACAGCCAAAAAAUAAAAUUGGAGCGCCUGGCUAACUUCCUUCAGUUGACAGAAGAUAGUGAUUAUGAUGACCUUGAUGACUAUGAUACUGAUUCAAUUUUCUCUGGAGAUAGCUUAGAUGAUGAAUACUGGAUGUAUGGUUAUGGCAGUGACAACAGUCUUCUGGAUGACUUUGUCUAUCAAGACCAUUUUGAUUUCCUUGAGCGUCACCUUGGUGUAUUUGAACUUGGUUUGGAUGAAGAUUUUUACCCUUAUUUAUUUGAUUGAAUCAUUUAAAUAAAAAGGGAACUAUUCUUUUGGUAAGUUUGGCUGCACUCAGGAACAUUUUACUGUAUCUUUCUUAAGUCACCAGUGUCAUCAGUUCCUCUGAAAGUGUUUUUUUUUAUGUUUUUAGACUGGAUAGUUUAAUGGAAUUUAUAGAUUUUAGAAAUCUCUUGUAUGAAAAGAACAUGUAUUUAAGAUCAUAAGUUGUUUAUUGUUUAUUAGAAAACUUAUUGUCAUUUUUUAUAUGGUUUGGAAUAUAUCUCAAGAACAAUAUAAAACUUUUUUGGGAUGUCAAGUAUUUUACUUUUACAUGAAUCUCUUGCAUUCUGGAUAUUGAAGGUGUUUUUCAUGACUGUAAAAUUAUUUUGCUUCUGAGGGAGUAAUUAUAAAUUUCACUUGAAAUAGAUUUUUAUUUUAUUUACUUUUUCUAUUCUAAUGAUUAAAUAAAAUCUCCAGGAUCCUGUACCAAUCCGAUUAAUCACUUGUUUAGUAUAGUUUAUUGAAUAAUUUUUUUGUCAAGUAAAAUACAAGAACUAUUGAACACACCUGUCAACAGCUUUUCAGUAAGUGUAAAGAAAAUUUCUGUGCCAGAUAAAUUCAAACUGGUUUGAAAAGCAAUGACUAGGAUAUUUUAUUUUCUACAAGGGAUUCAGAGGUUUGAUAUAGUACUAUUACAUCCCCAUGUUGAGCUUUAAUAUUUCCUUCUUAAGUGCACUUAAUACUCUUUAUGCAAGCAUAUCUCAAGUGCAGUAACAUACCGAGGCAUGAGAAGAAAGAUUGAAUUUGUUGGGUUGGUAUGGAUUUUUCAACAUUUGUUUUAGAAAUACAAAUAUUGAUGGAAAUAUGAUGUAUUUCAGUGAAAGUAUUUGAAUGCUAUGAAGUUCAAGUGAUGAGGUUUUAUCUCCGUUAUUGUGCAUUUUCUAAAUAAUCAGUUUAUAUAUAUUUUUAUCUGUUAUUACAUGCGGCAAAUAAUUUCUCAGUUUCACAUUAUAUUAGUAACGGAAUAUCUUCUUAUACGUAUUACCUUAUUGUUGGAAAAUAUCAUGCAUAAGGAGGCAUGUAGCUGAGUUUCAAGUAAGAUAUUAAUGAAUUUUUGUCAGUUUAGAAUUUUUGUUUUACAUAAACAGAAGAUAUAUAUGUGAUAUAUAGAAAAUAAUUAUUUUGAUACAUAUAUAGUACAAAAAAAAAUUAUUUCCACCCAACUGUUAAAAAAAUAAAUGUUAUUUUCAUGAAAACCUAGCUGGAAAGUAAUGCUGUUGUGUUCUGUGAAACUUUGGUUUAGCUAAGGAUGGGAGCAGAAUUUUUGAGGCCCUGGGUUAUGCAGUUGUGGCUUUUGUCUGUCGUGAAGGUUCAUUCUGUUGCAAAUGUAUUUCAACAUUUUUUAUUUGGAAUAUACCAUACUACAGUAGAUUAUCAUACUUGACAAAUGUGACCAACAUAUGAGUUUAAUUCUUGGUAUGGUAAGAAAAGAAACUGCAAGUUUACCUGCUGUUGGCUCUAAAAUAUUUCAUGAUCACAGGGACCAUUUCACAUUUGAAGUUUAGAAAUUACAGUAUUUAUGUUCAGCUGGUGCCAGUUACUUGGAAUUUCAUUAGUUGUCUGUAAUUGUCCUUGAGUGGUAAAACUUGGUUUUUGAAAUUCAUUUAGCUUUUUUCUUUCAAUUUCAGAUUAAUUAUUGUAGAACAUAAUUGUUCAGUUGUAUAUUUUCAUUAUUCUUCAGUAUGGUAUGACAAAGUACAAAGAGUAAGUUGGUUUGUCAAAUUCAUUAUCUGUUGAAUGUUCUUGACUGCAAGUGAGAUAAAAAUUAGUUUUUUGUUUUUAUGUAGUCUAAUACAUAAUUUUUUUUUUUUUUUCAAAUUUAUGGGGCCACCUGGGGCAGGUCAGUUGAAGUCUUUCUAUUGAUUGGGAUAUAGCUAUACUAUUAUGUAUACUAGGAUUAAUAUAUGUUGCAUGCAUCAGUUUUAGCAAAAAAAAAAAUAAUUUGUAGCUGUUCUGUUAUUUGGUACUUUCGAAAAGCUAAAUGCCUACUCCAACUAUCUUAAUUUAUUUACAUGAAUAAAAUUAAUAUGGUACCAAGGUAUUGUGAUAACAUGCAAAUGAAUGUUAUUUUUAAUAGUUAUUGCGAUGCCAAAAGAAUAAAUAAUUUUUUUUUAAUUUGAAUGUUUACUGUCACCGUGAACAAAUUAUUUACCUUUAAGUGUUUUGAAAUAUGGGCAUCUAAUAUUGGAGCUGCCUGACCAUGGGCUGAUGUUUCAUAGUGUUACCUUGACCAGGUUUUAAGGCUAAGGAGCUUGCUUCUGUUUUGACAGUCUAGUAUCAGUGGUAAAAGGUGCCAUUUCUCAGUUUUGAUAGUACUUUUUCAAUAAAGUAUAUUUUAAUGUAUUUUAUCAUACAGUAUUUUGUACUGAGUAAAUACAAAUCAUACAUUUCAGGUUGUGGGACUCUGUACUUCACUUUUAUGUUGCCAUAUAUCAUAUCUAUUUAGGUCUUUUUAUUUUUUCAAAUAUUGGUUGGUUCCCUUACAUUAUUUUUUUUAUUUUGGUCCUUAAUGUUCCAUUCAAUGCGAGUAAUUAAGAUAGAAAGGAGGUGUGGCUUGGAUUUUCAUUUUAGGGAAUUGGGCCUUAAGGUUACACAUCUCAUGAUAUAUUGAUGAAGGCUGUAAGAAGUCGGUUAGAAUUAUGAACGGAAAGAGUGUUUCAGGGCGCUGAGUAAUGGUGGAAAUCAGAUGGCUACAUUCAUUCAACUUCAAUAUAAAUGAAACUUUUUCUUACUUGCUUAACUGAGGAUUAUUUGAUGAACAUUCUCCAUACAAAAUCCCCAAGUAGAAAGAUUAAAUUCCCAGGGCUAACUUAUAGUUUAUGUGAUGAUUUCUGUUUCACCAAAACAGCCAGUUGUCAGAAGUAAACUCCUGGAAGGAUUCGUUUUAAUCUCAACAUUUCUUUCUUUAAAGUUGACUAUGAUUAUUUUCUAUAUUAAAACAAAUAUCUUUUUAUUGCAUAUUGCUAAUUUUAUACAGACAUUCUUCAUUUAGUGACUGAGUUCUGUUCCUCCAACUAGGUCAUGAAACUAAUUAUGUUGAUAAGUGAAGAGUGACCCUGACCAAUAUUUCACCAUUCAUUACCAAUAGAAAAUAAUUUUUUAGUCAGUUUUAUUAUUGAAUAAUUCCUAGCUUCUUAAACUGAACAUUAUCCUUUGCACACCUAAAUACCACUUCCUUUGCACACCUAACUCCAGUGGUAUUGUGAAGAGUGUGUAAAUCCAUACAUUGAUGCUAUAGACCUGCUUGAAUUGUUAGGCAUUCAAUCUGAGCAUUCAUUGAAGGAAAUGUUUCACUUCCUACCACCAGUAGAGUUUUACAAGUUGCUCUCAGUUCAGUGUUUUCCAUGUUUUAAGAAAUUUUGCUGCCAGAUUAUUCUCUAUUUUUGGUUCCAUUUACAUCUAUGAGCAGAGUUUUUCCUGCAUGAAAACAAAUAAUUCCAACACCAGGUCCGUGUUGUCAGACACAAACUUAAAUGCAAUGAUGAGAUUUUCUACCUGCAAUCUUGUGCCAGACUUUAAAUGAAUUGUAAAGCAGAAUUGGAACCAGAAACAUUUUUCCCAUAAAUUGCUCGGGCUGGGUUCUGAAUCUGCAUGUAUUUAUUAACCAUGUUGUCUAUAUGUUGUAUAUAGUAAAGAGAACCAGCCAAUUUUUAAAGAUGCAUCCCUUUGACUUUUCAUGGCCCACUGAUGCGGCCCCCUCUCUGAAAAGUUUGCAUGCCACUGCUAUAGACAAUAGACAUACACAUUGAUGCUGCAGACAGACACUAAAGCAAUGCAAGUGCAUAGUUUACCUUCAUUUAGUGAAUGUGCACAUGUAGCUGGGCUUACGUACAUAUAGACUUAAUAGUAUAAAGACCCAGUCAUUUACAGGACUACUGCAUUUGAUAUAACUUAUCAUUGAUUUAAAAACACAAUCAUGAUUCACAAACAUAAAAAAAUGUUCAUUAAUGUAAUAAUUGAUUUUUUGCUUUCAUUUUGUGUGCCAAAUUAAGCUUGGGUAAAAUCUUGGUCAUCUUCAUAGUUUUCCAUUGGAGGCAGAGGAGAAAGAGGAAAGUGAAAGUGGAAGGACUUCUGAGUGUGGAGGUGGAAGGCUGAGGAGAUUUCAGUGGCUGAGAUGAUGCUUGUUACCAUGAGCCCAUGUAGGCUUAAGGGCAACUUCAUCUACACAUACAGGAAGGGUAGUAGGGUUGGCUGAUUGGCAAUUAGGUCAUUAGGUCUAUAGUCUUUUUAAAAGAAGAAAAAAUGCUCUCCAUGGAAAAGUAAAAAGAAAUAUUAUUUAUGUAGUACGUACAGUAUAUGAAAAUUUAUAAAACUCUUACACCAUUCAACCACUGUAAACUGCUUGAGCUUAGACAAUGUUCUUUUUCUGUGUACCAUAAUAAAGUUUGUACAUUCAUUAGACAUGUAUGUCAUUAAGUGAAGAAUGUCUGUAUUAUUACUUUACAGUACUGUAUUUGGAUGCUAAACCUUUUUCCUACUCUUUGUAAAUGGUUGUGGAAUAUAUCUGUAGAUGGUUAUUGCAAGUGAAAUUGGAUUUGUCUAAGCAGUGUUUCUGACAAAUUGUUAAGUGAUUUUUACUGCAGAUUUCUAAACCAUUGCACUGCUAUAACUUACUUUGUCAGUAUGAAGGAACAGUGACUAUGUCAAUAUGAAGGAACAGGGACUAAACACCAUUACAAGAUCUUCCUAUCCUGAGAUGAGAUUCUCAUCUCAAGGUAAGCCUUGAAUUCUCUGGCUCCCCUAUUAAUUACAGAACUUUGGUGUGUGAUGAAAACUUAUAUCUUUAUUUACUAACAUUUAACUUACCUUUUUUUAUGUAUGUCUGUCUCUCUUACCACAUAUGUUUUAUAAGUGUUCAUGUUGCUGUAUUCUUCAGUUAGUUCUGGCUUUUUUGGCAUCUUAUGUCCCAUCAAGAUCUUCAUAUCUUGUUCAAGGGCUUGCUGAAAAUCUUUUGCUGUUAAAAUCCCAGUAAGCAAAUGUUUUCUCAUAAAAUUCUCUUUUUUUUCUUCUUCUUUACUCUUUUGCUUUG